AUGGAGGAUGUUAAUGUUGUUUCGGAACAUAGUACUAAAGCAAUUGAAGAGCUUCUGAGAGGGCGUGAGUUUGCUAACCAGCUUAAACAACUCAUCAAUAUUGGUGAUGAUCAUGAUGAUCAGUCAGCAACAACAACCCCGUUUGUCCAAAGCCUUGUGAAGAAUGUUCUAACCUCCUUCACCAACGCCUUCUUGCUCUUGAACAAAUACCCCACUAAUUCCCAAUCACAUAAUCAGGUUUCUCAGAUUCAAAAAAGCGGCUACAGUACUAAAUCUGAGGACUCUCAAGAAAGUUGCAAGACUUCCACCAUUAAGGACAGAAGAGGGUGUUACAAGAGAAGAAGAACUACACAAACAUAUGAGAAGUUGUCCAAAACUACAACAGGUGAUGGCCAUCAAGGGAGAAAGUAUGGCCAAAAAUUGAUACUCAAUUCCAAAUACUCAAGGCACUACUACAGGUGCACUCACAAGUUUGAUCAGGGUUGCCAAGCAACAAAACAGGUGCAGCAAGUUCAAGAGGAGCCUCCAUUGCAUAAGAUCACCUAUUAUGGUCAUCACACUUGCACAAACUUCUUACUAAACCCUGAGAUCAUACUUGAUUCCAAUUCUCCUCCUAAUGACUCUUCCAUAUUGCUUAGCUUUAACAACACCUUCCCAAUUCCAACAAAACAAGAGUGCCCCUUAUUAUCACCAUCUUUUCCCACUCCACCACUUGAGAAGUGUAUGGAGGAACUUCCUUCAAUAUCUUCCCCAGAUGAUUACCUGCUCUCCCCUCACCCCACCUUAGAUAAUGCUUUUAGGGAUGACACUCUAUCAUCUGUCCUCCAAUCUGAUCACAGAGAUGUCAUGUCUGGUUUCUUGUAUGAUUCUUUUGACCUUGAUGAUGAUGUCUUUCAGAGCAUUUCGCUGGUUUUUGAUGAUUCAAGCGGAGGUAUAGGGUGUGCUCCGUGGGCUUGGAGUGUUGGAUAUCGUCAAGUAGUUUUGGAAAGUGAUUCAUCAUGUGUUAUUACUAUGCUCACUAGUAUUGCUGCAACAGACUGUGAGGGUCAUCUGAUCUACAAGCAUGGCUUCAAAAAGAAUGGACUCUUAGGAUACAGCACACCUAUAGAGAAGACCACAUAUGUUAUUCAGUAA